AUGCCAAGCCAGGCUCUGCUGCUCAUCCUGCUCCUCUGUGUGCUGCUGCAGGCCCAGGGAGGGUACCGGAAACCGAAGACGAUGCAGAAAAUGGAGCUGAUCAAAGAAAUCAAGGUCUGUGAAAAGCAUACCAACAUAUACAUGUGCAGACGCCCAUGUGAAUAUUACCAAGAUUGUCAAGCAAAUAACAUAUGCUGUUCAACCUUCUGCGGGAAUAUUUGCAUGAGCCUGCUGAACAGAUGA